UGAUAUUGAUUAAUUUAAUAAUAUUUCUGUUACACAUAUUCUCAGUAUGUUUUUAUGUUAAUUUUUAUUUUUUGACAUUUAGGCUCGGACCUAAAUCAGAACGUGGUGUACAAAAUUUAUGAGCUUUUAAAACGUUUAUAAAACGCGAACAGACAUUGACUAAAUGUUACUUGACUUCUGAAUCGUAACGACAGCUAUUUGUUUUUCUUCUAUUUUAUGUAUUCCCUACUGUUGUUAUAGAUGACAUUUUGAAAGACGAUUUAAAAGAUUACAACAAUUUUCGCCCCAAAAAUAUAUCUAUGUUUAUAUGAAGAAAAAAAAAAGAAAAAUUGCGACAACGUUGAGUUCGUGAUUGUGAAAUGAUUACAUCUCUUUCCGUGUUUUUCUUGUCAUUUUGUUUUUUUAAAAGUUGCCUCGCAUAGUUGCCAUCGUGCGUCUGCCAUAAUACCAGAGAGUCCUUCCGUCUGUCUUCGAAAAGAUUCUUGCCAGCGAAUGUCAAAUAUAAUCCUGUCAUCCUCUCUUCUUUUUUCCUCUUUCUAUUUUCUGACUUCUUUCAUCUCAUACGCAGCCGCUUCCGCUUUUGUAGUACAACGUAUCCGACGUGAUGGAACGCACAGUACGUACACACAUCUUUUCCCCUCCAUGCGGAAUCGUCGUCGGCCCGGUGAUACUUUUAUGUAAUAGUUUCACGGAAAAGUAUAAGUCACCCUGCUGCAGCACGACAUCCAUGAGUAAUCUCGACGGCGACGUGUUUACAAGCACUCGAGAAAAGUUUUGUCAUCGUUUCCUAGCAAAAAUAAAUCCGGGGGCGAUACGUAAACCUUCAAUUAUUUAAAUAGCUCGCGGAAAUUAUUUUAAGAGGAAAAGCGCUGAUUAAUACGCGCACGUGAUUCACCCCGAUUAGAUGCAGCAAAUUGUCAAGGCAAUCUGUUUUUCCGCGUAUUUAAACCGAUUAUUAUUUUUCUUAUGGCGUUUAUCAUUUUUGCUUAGUACGUACAUAUGUAUAUCUUUAAUUAAAAAUUUCUUGUAGGAAAACUCUCGAAAAUUAUUAUGUUUGCUUCUAAAAGAUACGUUGUUAUUCCGAAAUAGUAGUACUUUACCCGAUUAGUUCGAGAAAGUUUCUCCACAUCUACAUAAUGCAUAAAUGCAUUUAUAGAGAAAGUCUCUCUUCAGAUAAAGUAUCCGUGGUGAAUAAGUUAAGUUAGUUUUCUAGUUUUUUUUUUUACUUUUACACAGUAAGUUACAUUUUAUCUUCUCUUGAGUUUUUUUGCGCAAACUUAAACAAUGGUGUAUAUUGUUUGGACAAUAAAAUUAUAAAUUUUCUUUACUUAUACUUUGGUAAAAGAAUUAAAUUUUACAUAACACAUUUUACGUAACAUAUUACCUGCAUUAAGCUGUUUUAUAUAACGCAGCUUUACGCACAUUUUAUAAAUAUAAUUACUUUUUAAAAAACUAUAUUUAAGUUAUUUAUAAAAUACAGUAAAAUAUAAUACAGAAAAAAGAAUGAAAAGAAUAGAAUGACAAAUUUUUUUCUAAUAAAUAAUUUCUAAUAAACGUAUGUAUAUUAUAAAGACUUUUUUAGAUUUAAUUGUAUUUUUAAACGCUAAUCAAAAUUCAUAGUCUGUUUUUACUUACAGUAAAUUGGACGUAACAAACUUUCAAAUUCAAAAUGUCUUUCUCCGAGAAAGAAACGUACUUUCUUCUGAAUACACACCCACAUAUUCCCUUGAAACUUCUCUUAAUAUCUAGAACUGUUUUAAAUAUAAUAGUACAUAACAUUCUAGGUAUUAAUAAAGAUAUAAGAACACAAGAUUCUCGAGUUUCCCGCAAGACCUUAAUUCAAUCUAUUUUGAUAAUUGAAUCUGAGAAAGGUAAAAUCAAAAUGUAAAUUGUGCUAAGAAAUGCAGUUCUGUUGUCUGCGUUCGCACUUAAUAAACAAAUUGAAGACUCUUUGUUCCUCGAUAUUAUUCAAAUUACCGCAUCUCAAUCUCUAAUAUCUAAAAGUACACGAUUGCAUGCAAGGCAUCCUGUAUACAUCGUUCUCUUUACGUUCCCCCAACAAGGGGAUCGCGUUGGCGGUAUCGCGUGGGACAUCUCUCGAAACCUGACCAUCAUCGAAAGCCUUCGUGGAUUCUUUCGCUGAUGAUCCUCAUUACAUCGCGAGGUGCAGGCGCGCGGCUUUUACACGGCUAUAUUCAAACCACGUAUUCCCAACGCGGAGAGCCCCCGUAAUCGGGUACGACGAUCACGUGCCAUCGCCCGAAACAAUGUCCGUGUGUGCUCAGCGGUGCAGCGGCAGUCCGCGACUUUAAGGAAAUUGGUCGACGAGAGUUGUACUCAACAAAUGCAUGUGUGCCGUACGUGACGGCGCACGUACGUGCACGUACAUGCACGUUCGUGUGCGACAGGAAGCGGCCAAGGACGGCGUCACGCCAUGCGUCAACCUUAAAUCUCUCACGGGGGAAACGAGGAUCGGGAGACGGGAUCUGCGAUCUGUGAACGGCAACUUAAAAUGUCCAAGAUGUUGCCAAAACUGAUACUUCUGCUCUGGGCGGCAAUUCCGAUUGCAUUGUCCCAGAGCAAUUAUGCGUCGCAAGGCAACAGUAUCGAAUAUCAGCCGGGGCUGCCGCCGAGCACGGUACUCGAUGGCAAAGUCACCAAGCUGGACGACAUCUCGCCGAUUAUAUUUCUGAAUCGAACGAAAGCAUAUCUGAAUUGCGUCCAGGGUAGCAUGGAGGUCGAACUCAAGUUUGAGGAGCCGUUUUACGGGCUGGCCUAUGCCGACUUUGAUCGCAACAGCGCCUGUAUAUUCAAAGGACGGGGCGCGACGACCGCCAAAUUGGAACUACCUCUGAAAGGAUGCGGUACAAAACAGGAUCCUCUACGCGUGUUCACCAAUAAUGUGGUUGUUCGUUUUCAUCCCGGAUUAGAAAUGGAUGGAGAUGAGGUUAUCACUAUAGUCUGCAGAUAUCCUCCACCUGUAGCACCGUCGCCUCCAGCGCCACCAGCGAGCAUAAAGGCAAUGCUGACACCUGCGUCGGUGACCGAGCCACCGCUGAAAGGCUUCCAGAUUCUGCUGAUUAUCUGCGCCAUCCUGUUCCUCUCGUUGCUCCUGCUUGGUCUCGGCUGCUCCUACAUGUGCCUGAAGCGCCGAAAUGUGCGCGUGGUCCACCGGCAUCCGUUCGAAAGUGCCACCGGUUCCGAGAUAACGAAGCUCUCCGGCUCGUCCCUGAGUCACAUCACGAUGUUCGAGGGUCUCAAGAUACCGCGCGCGCACGCCCUCCUUCACGCGACCGCAGUGUCCACUUCCGGCAGCGAGGCGAAUCUGGUGAUCGAUCAUUCGGACACAUUGCCAAGCGAUUAUCCAAGCGAGAGUCACUCCGAGGUGGACGAGGAACGUUCGCUACCUGUAUCCUCCGCCGGAUCCUACGACAACAAGGCAUUUGUCCACGAGGUCCAACGCCAGGUGGAAAUGCGCACCUCGAGCUCCUUAUACUCGGAGACCGUUGCCGCCGAAGUGGAAACCUCCUCGAUGACAGCCGCAAACGCCUCGAGGGUCGUAGUACCGCGGCACCCCGUGGCCGUACCGAUCGAGCCCAAGUUCGACGUGCAGAUGAGGGUUAAGAGAGCACCGCCGCCGCCGCCGAGCCCGUUGCCGUCGGAAUCCGACAUCGCGAGUAUCGCCCUCGAGAGAAAUCUGACGACCAUUCUGGAGCGAGAGGAGACCAGUCGUUCCCUGGAAAGCUCACCCUACCGCAUGACGACCUUCUCCUACGUACCGGAGCUUCACGGACCACCGGGAGGCGCGUCGUCCGUCUCGACCAUCUCUCGGCAGCAGACGCCGCCGGUCUACUCCAGGAUUUUGCGCAAGCAGGCGGAGAGGGAGACCACCGUGAUCCAGGAGAAACUCCCGUCGCCGACGGUUGAACAGCUGCCGCUGCAUCACGAGCUACGUCGGCCGAGAUCUCUGACAUCCCUGAACACCGAGCUCACGGAGACCCGCUCGUUGACCGAGGUGACGGACGCCUCGCACGCCAAAUAUAGGGUAGCGAGCAUCCUGGCGCCAACCCCGCCGCCACCGCCGCCGAUCGUACCCUCGACAUCCACCACUACGACUCACACCGCCGUUCAGCAUCGCGAGCACCGUCUGCUGCGCCAAGAGAUGACCGAGCCGUUGGUCGAGCCGCAGGUGGUCGCGCCCCGCCGCCCGGAGAUCACGACUCACGAGGUGGACGACGUGUUCCUGCGCACCGUCACGGAGAAGAAGACGAUCGAGGACGUGGAACGUCACAGUCGCCAGAUCACCGAGUACCUCGCCAGGUCUCAACCGCCGCCGGAUCUCAAGUGGGACGUCACCAUCCGGAACUAUCCGACGGAGAAUGUGCCGCCGCCGCCACCGGAAUGGGAGAACUUCUCCGACGUUAGCUCGGCCUCGAAUCUGACCAUCACGAACGAGCCGACGAACCAUCUGGUGGACGACGAGCCGGACGUAACCAUCGAGCCGACCUACACCACGCGCGCCGAGAUCCCAAGUCGGCCACCGCCUGCAGCGCGUCGCUCCCUCGACGAUUCCGACGCCGACUGGUACACCAGGUUGGCGCGCGUCCUGGAGCCGCGUUACGCCGCCGAGCUGACGGAGGAGGAGCGCGUCAAGUGGCGCGAGAUUAUCACUACGGAGAGCACACUGCGUACCUUGCUUACCGAGGCGGUGGUCAAGGAGGAUUACGAGCUGAUACGCAAGGACGCGAGAUACAUCAACCUGUUCCCGCCGGCGAAGUGGGACGUGAUCAUACGGAUUCUGAGCCCGCCGCCGACGCACGCCGGCUCCUCCUCGUCCUCCAGCAACCACGGCAAAAACCACGGGCAGAGGUACAAGAGGUCCAAGUCGUCGGAGUGGGACACCAGAUCCAGACGGUCCUCCCUACCGACUCUGUACGAGUACGAGAGCGACGGUGGCAGCUCGGCGCGCACCCAGAGCCAUCAUCUCCAGACGUCGCAGUCCGCUACGACCAUCACCGGCCGUCCGCGCCGACUGGGCGGUUCCGUACGCUCGCGGGGCGCUGGGGUCGGUAGCGAGGCCGACGUUAGAUCGAUGUCCGAGAUAACGGUCCGCGAUUUCGCCCGGAUGGACAGAGACGACCUGACCAGCCUGAGCUCCUUCGAGGGGGGCGCGGACUCGCUGGUCAGAUCUCUCAGCCAGCCCAGCCUGGCCAGAUCGGGCUCGGAGUUCACCGAGCACUGGGGCAUGCCGUCCGGCAUACUGCCGCCGUGGGCAUCCUCCGAGCACGCGGAGGACGGCGUCAGCUCUGUGGAAACGACGCCGAGGGCGAUCAGGAGGGGCGACAGGUUGGAAGUACUCGCCUCCUUCGACGAGCACAGACGCGGUCCGUCCGUCACGAGAUCGAGCCGGUACACCGAAAGAGAGCUCAACGUACGCGUGACGGAGAGUCAGAGGGCCUCGGACUGGUUCAACGACAACAGUUCCGAGCCGGAGAUGCAGAUCUGAGCGAAUUUCCGAAAACGGUUCACAGAUUUUCUGCUUUUUACCUCGAAUCCUUUUGGGUACGGAGAUGACGCGCAUUCCUGGACCUCGACGAAGGUCCUCUGAGUAGAGUUAUUAGGGAUAAAAGUCGAUAAUAGGGGCGACACGUCGCAACCACCUGCGCUUUAUGAAAUCAAACCUCGAGUUCAUCACUUUGUAAUUUUCCUUUGAGCAGGGAAUCUUUUAAUGUACAGCGGAACCGGUUAUCCGAACCGGUUGACUUCAAACGAGUCAAUUUUCAACGCGAAAAUACGAAUAAUCAACAGAAAUGUCAACGGAUAUCACAAAUUAUGUAUAUUCCGGAAAAUUAACGACACUCUUUUACGAAGAUUAAAAAGUUCCCGAUAGAGAAUUAAAAUUUAAUUUUGUAAUUCAGAUUUAAAAUUUUAAUUUAGUAUUCGAAAGUACGAAAAAAAAAAGAGAUUCGUUGAAGGCUCAGUAAAGUUUCUAUCUUAAUCCUUUGCAACUUGCACGUUCUCUAUUCUUACUGCGGGCAACAAUGCUGGAUGGAUUAUGAUUUAUACGGGCAUCGCUCGUACUUUUCUUAUUGGACAUUGUUUCAGCCGGUGUCUACGUGACUCGCGCAUUACGCCGCGUUUGUUUUGCUCUCAGGCUCGGGACUUAUCCCGUAUGAUCGAUAUCUUGCCAGGAAUGAGGCGCGAUGCACACGUAGAGCGGCGACGGGACAACGCAUCGGUGCAAAAUGCACUUAAUUUGCAGCGGCUGGCUUACCGUUUCUUUCUUCCGUUUUCUUCUAAACGUCGGUUUACACCGCUGCUCUACUUCCCUCACGGCUCACGGCCACUCACUGCCGAUUUCGUCCUCGCGCCGCCAAACAGCGCGAGGACCCACGCUCAACCGCACAAACGCAGAAUUGUCCCAAUUUCGGGGAAGACCGUCGUCUCUCCGACGUCAAGAUCUCGUGUAUUACGAUACUCCCGAAACUUGGGGAAAUUCGACCGCCACUCUCUUCACACGUCACUCGUAACGCGAGACGUGGGAUUGUAUUAUCCGGCCUCGAUCUCGCGAGUGGGUCUGCAGAUUCUGGCGAGAGUACCAUUAAAAUUACGCACAGUUUGUAAAAAUUAAGCCACCAAAGCCCAGCUGACACUUGUCUUAUAUAUAUCGGUAAUUGUAUUGGAAUGGUUAUGCACUGGUUUUACUCGUUUUGUAAACUAUAGAAUAUUUCGUGACAAAAUAUACAUCGAGUCAAGGGAGUACCGUUCGAGAACUUGCAAAAAUCCGGGCUUCGAUGGCUUAAUCGAUGGCAAACGUAUCCACUCCACGGGGGAAUAAUGCAAGGAAAACUUACAGGAUGGGAAAGAUAAUAAUUAAUAUAGCGUAUAUCAUAUAUGAGGGGGGACACAUCUGCGCGACACGCAGCCUGUCCUCCAGCUUCCUAACGUUCGAUUGAUAUCGGGAGAGAUCUCCUUUUCGGUGAUCGCAGGGGACACAAACACGUAGCUCACGCGACUAAAAACACUCCCGUUUUGCGGUGCAACUGCGAUAAUAGUCUACUUAAGUAGGUAACGAAACACACGGUGCUGGGUUAUACGCUUCAAACGAUAGCUAGAACUCUCUUCCUCGAGAACAUUUACCUAAAUCCCCGUCCUCGCUCCCCGCCCCCCCCCCCCUCUACACCCAACCCUCAAACAAAACCCUUCUGAUUUAAUUUCGUCGGAGUAUCUGGACUCGGUCGAGUUUACGUAUCGACCGACACGGUACGUUCGUGCGAUAUAGAUAGGUAUAUUUGUAAUUACGUACCUUUAUGUAUAUUCAUACGUAAUUUUAAAACUAUGCGUAACUCUCUCCGCGCUAUCCUCCGUGCAGUCAUUAGAAGCUUAUGAAGUCCUCCGAGCUGCAAGACGGGAGAGAGAGAGAGAGAGAGAGUUUGGAGCUUGCAGAUUCCAUUAAUAUAUCACGGCGCGAUUAUAGCUCUCGCGACCGCACGUAAGUCGCUUUGGAAUUUCCUCGUCUCGCCUCGGCAAUCUUUGAAACGUCGCCACCGAGCAAUGAUAUUAUCCUGCGCUUUGCUUGCGUGUGUGCUUGCUAAAAUUAUCAGACGCCAAUCGCAAGCGAGGUAGAGGAGUUGGAAUAUAUAACUUCGAGCUUAUCUCUAGAGGAAUAUUUGCGCGUGUGUUUAAUGCAAUAAUAUGGAAUAUCGCAGUGUAACAGUAUCUAUUUGUAUCAGUCUCUUAGGGUAUUCAAAAUUUACGAUAGAAACUCUGCAUUAUUUUCAUGCAAUUGUUGUUGUCGUGCACCAACGGUUAACUGUAUGCUGUGUUAUAAUUCACGUUAUAACGUUUUAAUUGUAAUACAAAGUUAACUAGCGGCAAAACGAUUGGCACUAUUAUCUAAUCGUAUGCAAUUCAAUGCGAUCGACGCGCGGGUAGGGAGCUCGUUUUACAUUGUUCCGAUAGUCGAAGCCAGAUUCAAUUAUGCGCGCUGAAAUAAGCUUCGUCCAAGGAAACAACAUUACGCGAUGUCUCACGUAUAGACGCGCUUUCUAAUACGAAUUUUGCGGAGCGUGGCGCGUGGAGGAAUGUCACGUUUAUAUGGGCGUCUCCUUUACAUAUGUAAUUGUAAAUCAAAAUCGAUAAUAAAAUUAUAUUUUGACCGUCGAAAAGAAUCCCCGAGACCAAUGUGAAAAGCGCGCGCGUCGAUGAAUAAAACAUGGGGGGGGGGGUGCACACGAAAAGAAUAUUAAGCGCGGAUAAUGGGGUAAUAAAUCAUAUCGAAAAAUUACAUCUAACGAGUGUUAUCAACGUCGAAGUUUUUAUCUCGUCGACGACGUCGGUUACAUCGAGUUCUCAGGACGUCUCCUGACAAAGGAUCCCUGUCGCGAACAGGAUUUGGCGUCGAAGGAAGGGAAAAAAGGGUGCUCGAGAUAAGAGAAAUUAAUGAAACGCUUGUAUUUAACUUACGGAAAUACGGUUAACGUGGAAUGGGAGUAUUAAAGCGACGCGCUGAAAGCUUUUAUCGGGAGCGGAACGGCGCGCUGUACUGUUAGAAAUUAACGUUACUGAUAAUUCCUAAAUGCCUUAUCUACGUAUAUUUUUAUAUCAAUUUUAUAUAUAUAUAUAUAUAUAUAUGUAUAACGAAUGCGAAUUGCGAAUUUGGAUCAUCCGAUUGUUCUCGACUUGGAUAUGCGUGUAUAAUAAUUCCCGCUCUGCAUGAGAAGAACUUUUAUAGGAUAAAUCGAUUGAACGGUGCGUCCGAUUCGAUCGGAUUUUCAUCGUUUAAAUCGAUUUACCCGAUUUGUGAAAUGAAAAUGAGUGCUACUAGAGAGCAAGACGUAAUGAGACCGGGGGAAUCGGAUUGAAGGAGAACAGAGGGAAAGAAUGCGUCCGGCGAGGAACGAUGUUCCGAUCGAUAUGCGAUGGAUACGUAAGUUGGAACUAAACUCCUAAAUUAAAACUCUUAAUAAAUGCUGACGGUCCACGAACCACGUGUUUGAAGUGCGUUGUAAAUCAUGUAACCCUCGUCGCUUCGGAUUACUCCGCGGGAGAUUAAUUUACACGGCUCGACGUGCUGUCGAAGUUUUAUGAUGGAACGGCGCAAGUUCGACGGCGAUCAGGCACAGCGCGAGAGCGUGCACAGACGAAAAGUGUAAUAUGAUCUUUGAGCGAGUUCGGAGAGCAUGGCUAUUAAUAAAAAUUGAUUACUAAAAACAG